AUGCCUCCAGGUCUCGGGGUUCUCGAUGUCCCUGCCCUCGCCAAAGUGACCCGGGAUGUAUACAACCAAUGCCAUCUCCUCGCAAAAGGUGCCCCCGAUGGGUUUCAAAAGCUGAUAAAUGAGCUUGGCUUGUUACAGAGUAUCUUGUGCACCUUCAGUGGCAAGGCGGGCUCCAACGUAUCCUCCUUCGAGAGCAUGGACUCGGAUCGCAAACAGACGUUGGAACAAUCGCUCGGUGCUUGCCUCGCAACCCUACAGCGAUUGAAAGAACUCCUUGGCCCGUUCAAAGGAUUGGAGACUGGAGAUGGAAAAGGCCUUUGGCAAAAGAUCAAAUGGGCGACACAACGAACUCAGAUCGAGGAUCUCAGAUCUAAUAUCAUGGCACACGCUUGUAACCUGAGCCUAUGUAUCAGCUCUAUAGGGAAUGACUCGCUUGCUCGUAUAGAGAAACCAAUCAUCCUGACGAUGGAAGAGGAUAAAGAGAUUGUUCUCAGCACGGAUGCAUUACCUGUUCGGGAUACCGAUUCCGUUGUCUCCCCGAUGAGCCCGGGCCCAGGCGUGGUGGAGCUACCCGCUAACAACGAAGAAGAAUGCGAGAUAGAUAUGAUCGAUGAAGUUCGCGCCAAAAUGGUGGAGCUGGCUAAUAAUAGAAACUCCAUUGGGAGCAGCAGCAAAACCAGACAUGCAUCCACAUCCUCCGAAUCGGCCAUAACUGAAUCGGACGAUUCGCUCUUCGACGGUAACUCGCCGACUUCUUGGUUGUCCUUGAAUACAUCACCAUUCCUACCUCCUCCGAAUCGAGUCAAUCAUACGCGAAUGCGCAGUGAGCAGCUUCUCUUUGGUGGCUCCAUUGACGGUCGGGCACUCGAUGGUGGCAUAUGGGCCCACAACCCCGACUUGACGGAGAAACAAGUCGUACAUCACAUGAGAUCCUGCUCACAUGUUGAUUAUGACCAUCCUCACGCUAUCGAGGUCGUGACGUCUGCAAUGCAACUUCGUGAUGUGCGACACCAGGAGCGUAUUUCUUGGCCAAUUCGUUUUGAGCCACAGAAUCAACUACAUAGACCAACUGCGGAAACGUUGAAGAUACUCGAGGCAUCAGUGAAUGAUGGGUUGCAGAUCACGAGGUUAAUCACAAGAGAUUGGCUUCGCGUGGCGACCUGGUGGUUACUGAAAGCACGCGCGACUUUGGCAAAUUGCAACAGACAUAAUUAUGUCAGUGCACGUGGGAGCUUGAGCCCCUCCACGGAAUCAAGGUCGACUAGUCACCAAGCUUAUCUUGACCUCCUUAAGGCUUCAUACAUUCUGCACGAUAUUGUGCUAGAGGAAGAGGCAACCCUUUCUGUUUUGGUGGAUGAGGAUCAGAAGUCAAUUGUCGAGCUUUCUGAAGCUAUCAACGAGGAACUCUCCCAAUACACUUCCGUCGACAUCCCCGAGCCUUCGACUCUACAUACUCAAAACCUUGCCAUUUGGGAGCCCAUGCAGCCGGAGGAAAUAUGGGAAGGCGGUAUUGAUCUAGAUCUUGGCUUAAAUAACUUGCGCUGGGUCGCUGUCGAUCUAGAGGAUGCAGGCAGCGAACAGGAAAAGGUCCUCUACCGAAGCUUUGUCAACGCCAGCAUUGGCAGUAAAAAAUCUCGCAUGCGCACUAAGGGUGCUCCCUACAUGCUCUUACUAGCAACACGAGAGGGCGAAAGCGAACCCAAAAUCGUUCUUUGCAACCAAAGUGGCACUCUGUGUCUUGAAAGAGACUAUGUGCUGAAUGAUCUCCCUCCCCUUGUCCAAUUAUCAAAUGCCGCCUUGACUGGCUUUCCCGGUGCACGAGUCUCAGAACCUGUACCAUUCAAAUUUGAUAAUAUGAGCGUUUCAGUCUCUUUUCAAUUCGAUGGGGACCUCGCAAAAUUCAUCGAUAUUCCGAAAGCUUACUUUGACGCCGUUUGGCAGAGAGAACCAGUAGAUGCAACUGAAUUUACCGAGAGCGUUAUAUUCAAGACCUCGGUUGAUAUGUUUGAGCAGCUUAACACGCCGACCAUGAAAUCAAUGAACCCACCUGUCGUGGUGAAAUCCUGCGAGGUGCGCAUUCUGGAACGGUCUUUCGGGGAAGCCUGGCGAUCUAUCCGACGCAUGGUGAUCACUUCUUCUGCUUCUGAGAAGUCCCCAGGGACCAUUGAACUUUUUAUGCCUCUCAGUGUAGUUCAGAUCAACCGAGGAAACAUGUCCCGCCAGGUGCUUUUGCAGUGGUCGGACACAUGCCAAUCGCGGUCCGAUAAGACUGACGGCAAUUACAACACCUUGCACUCCUACGUGUACGAUGACACUGCUCCAAAUAUCGGUGUUGGUCUACAAUUCGGCUCAUACCAAGAAGCAGAAGAUUUCGAAACAGCCGUACUAGAAAUGAACUUCCGUCCGGAGUUUUCCUGGUCACAGCCCAGUAGCUCUGGCCUCGUCUAUAAUGUCGUUGAUGCCGGCACUGAGCACAAGCAAUAUAAAGCUGUGCUAGUAUUCCGAACUCGUGCAUCAUGGCGUUACUCAGAUCUAUACUAUAUUUAUCGUGAUGCUGACUAUUCAUACGAUCACUCCUCAUUCAGCAUCCAUUUCCCCCGCAUAUACUGCGCAGACUACAUCUCAACUCACGUUGAUCAGCUCUACCAUCCGGAAAGCCCUGUCACAUUCUCCCAUUGCGAUAAGAAGUCCAGUCAAACAACCCUCGAGUUUGGCAAUGAUCUCGAAGCUCGCUCAUUCCUCAGCUCCCUUUCUCCUUUAUACGACCUCCUCUACUCCAGACGUAUCCACUCCCUAUCAACGAAAGGCAAUUCGCUCUUUGUGUUCCAAAUUUCCGGAAAGGGUGGCGCCGAUAUCCAACUGUGGCGUCGGGGAACGGCUUUUCAACUUGCCGCGCGGUGGGAUGACUCCGUCCCGGACAAGUGGCUUAGCAUGGCUAUCCCCUCGGAGUUCAUCGAUUCCUCCAAAGAGAAUAGCCGGGUCACCCUACCGCGUCUUCCAUAUUUGCGUGGUACGACACUUGACAUGAUGAAUGUUAUGGCUCGAAGCCCUAAGAACUCUAACCACAAAAACAAAGAGGGCGCCAUGUCAAUUUCUUUUCAAACAAGUAAAGACCGAGACGAGUUUCUAGCUGUAUUACAAGGGCAGCAGUUGCCAAAGUUCCUAUAA